UGUAUACCUCCCGCAUAUCACGAUUCACGAGUGGGAGAAUCCGCGCGCGCAUGCCCAGCCGACAACAGCCUUGCUCGUCAACGGUUGGGUUUCUUCGUAGAAGGACAUAGGCAUGCGGCUCCUGCACACCACGAGGCACGACUUUGUCGAAUUCUACGACGACGGAACACCGCCAUACGCCAUCCUCAGCCACACCUGGACUGCAGGGCAAGAAGUCACAUACCAGGAAUGGCUCAACCACAACGAUAUAGUACGGGCCAGGGUGGGGUAUCGCAAGAUCCAAGAUGCUUGCCGGCAAGCCCGGAAGGAUGAGCUUGAGUGGAUCUGGAUCGACACUAUCUGCAUCGACAAGUCCAGCUCAGCGGAGCUUUCAGAAGCCAUCAACUCCAUGUUCGCCUGGUACCGCGACGCUGCCGUAUGCUACGUCUUCCUCGCAGAUGUGCCUCCAGUCGCCGACCACCCCCGCGACGACAACUAUCUCCCGUUCCGCCACAGUCGAUGGUGGGGUCGCGGAUGGACGCUCCAAGAACUCCUCGCGCCGAGCUCACUAGCGUUCUUCGCAGCCGACUGGUCCUUCAUCGAGACCCGGGAGAAUCUUGCGGGCCAGGUCAAGCUCGUGACCGGUAUUGCAGCCGAGGACUGCAAGCGGGAGAUCCGAAAGGCCAGCGUAGCCCGCAAGAUGUCCUGGCUUUCGCAGCGAAAGACGACAAGAGUAGAGGAUCUGGCCUACUGCAUGCUCGGAUUGUUCGAUAUCAACAUGCCCUUGCUCUACGGCGAGGGGUCCAAGGCAUUCGUCAGGCUCCAGGAGGAGAUCAUCAAGCGCAACCCCGACCAGACCAUCUUCUGCUGGACUCGCGACGAUCUGGUCCCGCCAAAUUGGCUCGGCAUGCUAGCUCCUAGCCCCCACGUUUUUGUCAACUCGGGGGGGUUCCGAAGGAUCUCGUACCUCGAGGAUCUCUAUCGAGAUGCGAGCAUAUGGUCCAUCACCAAUCGAGGGCUGUCCAUAAGCCUGCCCAUAGUGCACACGUGUGAAGGCGCCCUUAUAUGGCUACACGAGGCGAGAGCCCACGACGACCUGCGAACAAUGAUUGCCAUACCAAUCAGUGGUCGGAGCUGGACUACUCACGGAUACUAUCGACUGCCAAUCCCUUGUGGCCCGAUCGUGUUCCCGAGCGACGAGUCAUCGCCCUUCAUGAGUGGGAUGAGCGGGAUGAAGUCACUAACCCGGCUUCACCUCCUGCCCACCUACGACGUCUCAUCGCCAACCAUCACACAGGUGUGCGACACCCGCGACCUCGAGGCUGAAAGGUCGGGACAGCGCGACCCCAGACUCCAGUUCGUGCUGGCCGCGGACUGCCCCGGGUUUUGGACGGCCUACGCUCACACGGGCAGUGAACGGGUAAAACGUGGGAAUAAGCUCACAAUGAUUGACACCAUACCUGCGCCCGCCUCUGCGCUGUUCGACCAAGAGACGGGCCUGCUGCAGUUGGUCCGCGUGUCAGCAGGUAGUUGCAAGAUGCUGGCUGCCGCAUUGGAGAUCAAGUACAGCCGGAACAGCAUGAGCCAUGGGCCAUAUUCUUAUCUCAGGAUCCUUUUGGCGUUCAAAGAGCCACUGAAUGCUCCAGGAGAGCAUCGGGGGCAUUACUGCAGGGUCACCGAGUACGACAUGGACUCGGUGGAAGAAUCAAAUAGGAUGGCAUACGGCGGCAGAGAGCUUUUGAGAUUAUGGUUCGAAUCACAACUUGACCAGCUCGGCAAGGGAGAGCUAAGAGCCCAGCCAUCAGUUAUUUCGAGCCAGAAUGAUUUUGCUUUGCGAGUUUUGGAUUCUAUGGCAUCUUGCACAAGUGGCGCUAUUGUCACUGCCAGACUGGAAAAGAAGGCUCGACGAGGGCUCAACAUAGCUCGGCUAUACCGAAAGGUCACUACUGGUGCGUCAUGAACGCAUGGAUCGUCCAGAGGUGAGAUCUAUAAUGCGAAUCAGGCGUAUCGGGGAAAGAAAUGAGUCUUAUUGCAGAUGCAGCUAUUAAUAAUGGAUUUUAGAAAUCCAUAACGUAAUCAGGUCCGAUUAUUGACCUGUGCGUUGGGGCGCUUCAUCUGAAGGCCCUGGGGAUGCGUACUACCUAAAGACAUAAGCAUUGCACAAC